AUGAGUAGUCGUGGCAUUCGAGAACGUACAAAAUGGCGGAAAAAGAAACGAGAACUAGAGCGAAAGAAGGCUGAGCAAUUGGCUGAAAAGAAGAGGAUUCAGGAGGAGGCGGAGCUUCUGAAAAGAAAAAUGGACGAACAAAAGAAGGUGGUCAAAAAGCGAUUUGAGAUUUACGAGAAGGUUCUUCUAGAAGCCGACACUAAUCAAAAAGACGUUGAGAAUAUUUUAAACGAUCAUCGAAAAUGGAGAAAUUUUAUUAAGUUCAAACUGCAGUCAGAAUCUGAGGACAUUAUUCAGACACAGAAGAACGAGAAGUCGCAACUCACCGCGGCAUCCGUCAGAAUUUGUGCUUCAGAAGGGCAAAUUUACAAAUUUGAUAAUGAGUUGACAAAAACUAAACAGAUGCGAGAGGAAUACAUUCGUGAUUUGCAAGAAGUGUGGUACAUUCGUUUUUGGAAGUGGCUGUAUUGA